UAAUUAUUGCGAAAAUCGCAAAAUGGUAGAGGACUUUCCUAUUCGGUUUAACGUUUAACUCACUUUACCUGCACACGAUAGUUGAGGCGACAAUUACCGGACACGCUGUAUACUAUGUAGCAUAAGUAGUAAGCAGUAGCCGUAUGGACAAACCUUAGGCUGUAUUUGUAUUUCUCUAAUAAAAAAAUCUCAGAAUUUAUAAAUUGCUAUAUAAUUUUGUCUCCCAAGCAGAAAUGGCGUAUGGGCAUGCUUUGCUGAAGCCCAACCAAUCAUAAAGAGAAGAAGAAAAUAUGUUGUCCUAACUUAAUUUAACCUAAUCUAAACGUGACACUAUUGUUCAUUCUAUCUGAUUCUAUCAAGUUUGUUGGCGUCCUUUGACGCGUUCAGACGUGUUUCAUCUGAAAAUUUUUUUCCGUUGUGUUCCGUUCUGAUCCUAAUAUCUUCUCAAAAUAACCCGCUGAUGGCCGAAAGUCGUACUUGCGACUGGGUCAAAAAGAAGAUCUGAUUCUAUCCCUAUCGUAUUUAGAAUACAACGCACAUAAAAGCAGCAAAAUAUUGAUAUAAAUACGUUCCUAUUAUAUAUUUUACAAAUAUGGCGUUAAUUUUAAAUGUUUGUGCUCAAAAAAGACUUUUAUUUGAGAAUUUUAGUAAUUUGAAACAUGCUCUAAUCUAUAAGAAGUUUCCUAUGGUGUAUAAUGUGAAGUACUUUUCAACAAAAAGUUAUGAGGAAACUUAUAUGGACAGAACUGAAAUUUAUCAUGGAACUUUAACAAGACAAGUUAGAGCUCUCAAACUUUUUUCGUUAUUGACAUCCACUGGUGGUUUAUUGGCUCAACCAUUUCUUUAUUUGAAGGCUGUAGAAAGUGGUAAUACAGGAGUUGUUUUAGGAAUGUUUGCAUUUGGAUUUUUAGCUGUAACCACUCCUUUAUUAAUACAUCUAAUAACAAAGAAAUAUGUAACACACUUAUAUUACAAUGCAAAAGAGGAUAAAUAUAUUGCAAACACUUAUAAUCUAUUUGUUCAAAUAAAAGAGCUUACAUUUACGCCAGACGAUGUAGUGGUACCAGAUAUAACUGGCAUGUUCACAAAUUGUGUUAUAAAAGGUACACCUUUAUUUUUAGAACAAGAGUUUUUCCAUGAUUCUGUUCACUAUAUACGAAUAAUGGGAUAUGAUAAGCCAAUAGAUUUUAAAUUAAGUAAUAAAAAUAGUAUUGAUCAAACAAUUACAGUGAACACUAAAUGUAAAGAUCAUAUAAAUAAAAAAUAAUUAUAUUUUA